AUGAAUGUCGUUACCUGUUAUGAGAAACUUACUAGUUGGAUAUUCCUGAGGUUUCCUUCCAGGAUACAAAAAGAGCUUUGUUUACAAAAUGAACUUUGUGAAUUUCCAAUGCCUUUGAUUAUGAACUCUAUUUUUAAAGUGCUUAACAGCUUUGCAAUUUGGAGAAUUAAACUCUUCCAGGAGAAAAGAAUGAAGUCCUCUACUGUAAGAGAUAAUGAAAAUGCUUAA